AUGCUUUCCGUCCCUGAGAUAAUGGAUCAUCCCCGAUUUUCUACUGUUCGAAAGGGCCAGACCGAAGUCACGGGCAUCACUCUGCUUGCUCCAAACCACGAAAACGCAAGUGUUUCCAACGUCCACGGCCCAUUAGAGAUGUUCUUUAACUGUGUGGGAGCACUCUUUUACAUUAUGAAUAGGAACGACGUCCAAGCAUGCAUCGAAGCAAUCAAAGCCUCCGGAAACGAGAACAUGCCACUCGGACACAUGUUCAGCAACGGAAGUACAAUCGAAAUUCGUACUUAUGCCGCAGAAAUUGCGGGUAUGGCCUCUAUCGGUGUUAUACAUUCACAGCUAGCCGACCCAACAAAGGCACCGCCUCCCGAGCUUGCCGAUUACUUCUACGCAGUCGCCAAACAUGGCCUGGACUCUGCGAUUCUCUACGAUCCGCUUCGAGCCAUGAAUGUUUGCGCGCUGCUUGGCAUGUAUAACAUCGUCGUCAAGGCGACAGUUGCUCUGGCUUACAUUGACGCGCCGCCCCAGGACAUGAUUCGACGCGAAUGCGUCAAAGUUUCCAUCAUCAAGGCAAGCUUACUUCACCGUCUACCAAGCAAGGCGCCUGUACCGGAAAAUGUCACGCUAGAGUUUCGCGCGCAAUUAUCGAGAUUCCAUGCGCAACUCCCCGACUGGAUGUCAGUUGCUGCGCUGUUACGCGGCGACAGCAGCCCGCUGAUGGCCACAUUCCGCCCAGUAAUAUUCUAUGUUCAUCUCUUUUACCUUUCGGCUAUGAUGCUGCUUGCUCGGCGGCUAAUAAUUGCAUACAUCCCGCUCGAUGCAGUUGGCAUCGUAGUUCUUCCACCAGAAGCACGAAGGGCUAUCGAGGAAGGAUACCAAGCUGCGGAAACAAACGCGUCUGUCAUGAGUCUAAUGCUACAGGAAGGGAAGGUAGUACAAGUUUGCUGGCUCUGCAUGUGA